AUGGCCACCCGCUCCGGUAGAACACCACGCCCAACAGCCAAGGCGACUGCACAACAGGCACAAUUGACAACUCCAAUACGACAAUCGAAGGAUUCCAUGAAAAUGGCUUAUGUUGAGCUCGACGAGGGUCCCGAGACAAAGAAGCGCAGGCUAUCGCUUUCUAAGGACAGCUCGCAUGAGGAGCUGCCUGUCGCCACCACUUCGCGAUCGUCCAGGCGGCGCGCCAUCUCGAAAGCUCCUGCUGCUCCCCCCCUCCGAACGAGGGCGAGCAAGAGAAAUGUUACUUCUUCUCCGCGUUGCGCCAUGAAGGAAGAGACAGAUGAAGAGAUGGAGGUCGAGGCGCAAGUAGCAGCAGAGUCCGAAGGAGAGGACAAACCGUCCGCUCCGACGCCCGAUGAGAACGAUGCGUGCGAGGAUAUUUUGAAAGCCCAAGAGAAAAAGCAUCGCGACAACUACAAAACGCUGAAGCGCAAGUUCCGGGAGCUUGAGGCGUCGACUGCGAAGACGCUCUUGGAGCUGGACAAGCGCGAGAUUGAGCUCACAAAGAUGGAGAAAGAUGCCACCCGCAAGCAGAAGCAGGCCGACAAGAAGGCACAUUCUCUCUCAAAGAGAGAACAUACAGUCAAGAAACUUGAACAGCAGUCGAACGAGCUCCUACUCACUGUCACCGCGAGUAAGGCAGAGACGGUCAUGGAGCAGUUCGACGCGCACUUCUCGUGUGCUUUGUGA